AUGUCUUAUGAAUAUACAGUUUCCCCCACUCUCGUUCAAAAAUCUCUGAGUAAACCAAUGCAGUCUCCAAUAAACGAUACUCAGGCUUUGAAUUCAAGGUUGUUAGUUGCCAAUGACAACUCGGCACUGCACAUAUCUCGCACCGAGUCUUCUAAGCAAGCUCAACAUGCUGAAAUUACAAUCCCCACGACCAACAACAAUGGUGUUAUCAAUAUAUCCCGCGCUCAGUACAUGUCUAGGCUAGCUUCUAUACGACGGAAAGAGCCACUUCGCGAAGCAUGUAUUGAUGCUAAUUUAGCACCACCUAAGAGUGCAAAUUUGGAGCAUCUUCGAACAAUGUUGACGGACUACUGGUUUCCUCCAGUUGUCACGGAGGAAUCAAUUCCUGAUGCUCAAGUUGCUGAGCUACCAUCUUCUAGCUCGCAAUAUGUUGGCACAUCAAUGUCCGUAUUGAGAGGAAAUAAUGACGAAAUCCUCAUUCAAGAAUUUGGUAUUGAAGGUGCUGCUGCUGAGGAGGUUCUUGGGUACGACGAUGAUAGUGAUAGUGAUCCUGAGGACGAAUUUCAAGAGGUUCUUGAGAUCAACGACGAGCUCCUAGCCCACACAGCCCUUGAAGACGACAGUGAAUUUGACUUGGAGACUCAAAUGCAAGGUGGACCUUUUCCAGGCGAAAGUUACACCAAAUUUCAAACUCGGAUCCGGCUUGAGGAGACGAGACGUGCAGAGAAUAAUCGACGAGCGGGUGGAGUUAAGACUCAAAAUGCGGUUAUUAAAGACUGGAAGAUCUUUUGUGGCCAUGCCUUGAAGACAGGUCAAAUCAAAGACGAAAUUGUUGACGCCCACCAUUUACUAUUGUAUAUUCGGUACUGUGCCGAGAGACCAAAGCGAACACGCAAAGGUAUUGACAUACCUGGUACAUUUAUUGGCGCGUCACACAUUAAGAAACUAUAUUUUGGUGCACUUCGUAUCCGUAAAGAGCAAGAAGCCAAAGACCCCAGUCUUUCCCAGCAGCGCCCAGCAACCAAUGUCCAUGUUUGGGAUGCACUUAAAGGUCGUAUGAAUGAAGCUCUUCGACGGGCUCGAGAAGGCCUCAUACCCGAAGAGGAUGCACCGGACAUUGUUGCCAAUACAUUUCUCUCCGGAAUCACAGAAGCGCAGAUGAACAGUGUUGGAAAAGGCUUUCUUAUGCAUCGAGAGUUACGUUCGGUUAUCAAUGGUCAUUUGAGCUGGACUGCACAAAAUGCGUCAGGAAACCGUGGAGAUGAUUUCCGAGCGCUUCGACUGGCUGAGCUGCAGCCAUAUGUCUUUCUUCAUCCAAAUAAAGAGACUGCCAUUCCGUGUGUUCUGGGAUGUCAAGGAGAAGAGAAGGCGGGUGCUAGCAGAGGGAUGAGAACGAAAGUUAAUCCGGUGUAUAGUGUAUUCAUUGCCCACCUUGAUCCAGUUAAAUGCCCACUGGGAGCAUUCGCUUUUUAUCAUCAUUUCCUUCAUGAUGUUAUUGAUAUCACAUCAGCAUUGGAUAUUAACUGGUCAAUCAAUAAAACCUGGCGACAAGUACGUGUUCUACAUGGCAAGAAGUCAUAUGCAACGCCAUACCAUGAGCAAAGCCUGUACAAUCUCUACGUCAAGGCAUUUUCUUUUGCUGAAUUCACAUCACAUUUAAAAGCAUAUCUACCACGCCAUAUUCUUGGAUAUAAUCAAGAGCGUAUGGGUGUUGAUCCCUCUGUAACGUCCCGAAUGGGAUGGGUACGAGGAGAGACAUAUUAUGACACCUAUGCACCAGCACUUCCAAAAGAGGCUGUACUCGGUGCACAUGGAUAUAAAGCUCAUGAGGUGUAUGACCCUAUUUGGCGUCAUGUCCAUGUCCCUGAGAUUUUUCUCCAUCUUGUAUGCCCAAUGGCUGAGACAAUAUAUUCGGAUGUUGUUGGACGGCAAAAUUUGUCUGGAGCAGCUAACUACUGGUCAAUGGUUAUGGAGCUACGUCCCUAUCUAUUCCAGUGUGGUGCUGCCAUCUUUCAAGAAGUACCGGACUCAGCACUAUUCCGGCUUCCAGCGUUUGCUCAACAAGACGUCCAGAAUUGGAUGAAGCACCAGUUUCCAAGUGAUUUUUCUGUGUUGAAAGCGAAUGCAGGAAGUAGGGUUGAUCUCCAGCGGAUCCAGAAUCAGCUUCUUCAACUUGCCCUUGAAGAAACUCGAUCUUUACUUGCAUCACAAAGUGUUCAAUUAGCUGAAGUUGCUCGAAUUCAGAAGAUAGUUGAGCAGCGUACUCAAGUGUUAUCACCAGCAAAGGGGUAUUCAGCGACUCACUACUCAUCUAGAAUGGCUACAGCAUCAACAUCUGCAGUGCAUAAGCCACUUCCUGCGCUGCAGCUCACAACAGUCGCUCAUGAAACACUUGAAAGUGCUACAACUGCGGCAAAUCUACCAUUUUAUAAUAGUGAAAACGAUGACACUGGUGUGUAUAUGGCUGAAAAUGGAGAGUUCCGAGCAUUUGCAAAUGGAUCUCCAAAAACCCCAACAUGUACCAUCCGCCGGAAGCAUUCACAGGUUGAUUUAGUGCUACCAAGUGCGUCUGCUUUCACAGAACAGGGUCAGCCUCAAUUCUUUUGGCCUCCAGUCUUUGGACAGACAUCUGUGACAUGGAACCAAGUAUUUGCUCUUAUCAAGCAACCCGAGCAUUUAUGGGACUGCUGGAAGCCAUCAAAAACACUCGAUAAAUAUAACCUUCAUGAUCAAUGGGCAUGCUGGAGUGUUGGUGAGGGGGUAAAUGAUGCAGAUGGUAAUCAGACAGCUAUCAAGCCACCUCUACGUGAGGUGGAACGACAUUUUGGAUCACUCAAUUCCGAGGGCAAGCAUCUCAAAAGUUGGCAAAGCGGAAUUUCAUCCAAAGUAGGGAAAUUUGAUAUUAAUAUGAUUCAAGACCGCAAAUUCUGGCAGCGAUUCCGAGAAAUACCUGAGUAUAUUGACUCAGAAGCUCAUAAUCGCAAGGUCUCUCCACUUGCAAUCAUUGAUGAACUUGACAUUCUAGGGCAGCAAGACAAACAAUUAAAGGGACUUUCAGCCCUUACAAAACAUAUCAAAUUAAAGCGGGAGGCUGCAUCUUUGCAAAAGGAGGUGGAAGCUCAACCAACCAAGCGGAAAAAAGCUGUAGCUCCUCGUCGUCCUCUAAAAAAGGCCAAACAUGAUAACUUAUAA